UUGCGCAUGCGUAGUGCCACGUGGCGAGAGUGAAUCGUAGACCCUGCCACUCAUAAUUACAAAUAAGUCACAGCUUUACGCGACAAAAAUAAACGUAGAAAUGUUUCGUCGAAAACUGGCAGCUCUGGAUUACCACAAUCCAAAUGCUUUCGAUUGCACAGAUGAGACACAGUUCAGGAACUGCAUCGUGUGGCUGGAGGACCAGAAGAUUCGACAUUAUAAGAUCGAGGACAGGGGUAACCUCAGGAACAUCCCCAGCUCCGAGUGGCCGAAAGCCUACCAGAAGUAUCUGCAAGAUUUGAACUGUCCAUUUGGAGAUCAGGAGCGGCAGGAGGCUGUGGACUGGUUACUGGGCCUGGCUGUGCGAUACGAAUAUGGAGACAAUGUUGACAAGUACAAGAACUGUCAGCCGCUUGCAGCCGCGGGUGACGCAGACAAACGCGCUGAUCCCCUUGUCAACCUCGACACUAAUUCCCCAGAUUUCAAAGCAGGAGUUACAGCUCUGGCAAACAUCCUGAAGAUACAACGACAUGAUGAUUAUCUCAUCAUGCUCAAAGCCAUUCGUAUUCUGAUCCAGGAGAGACUUUCUCCAGAGGCCAUCAGUAAAGCCAGCCAGAAGAGAGAGGGUGUUCCAGUAGCUUUGGACAAGCACAUCUUGGGUUUCGACACUGGAGAUGCGACUCUGAAUGAAGCGGCGCAGAUCCUGCGACUGCUGCACGUCGAGGAGCUCAGAGAGUUGCAGACCAAGAUCAACGAGGCCAUCGUAGCUGUCCAGGCCAUCAUAGCCGACCCGAAGACAGACCACAGGCUGGGCAAGGUCGGCAGAUGAGAGUGAGGAUGAAGAGGGAG